AUGGCGUGCAAUCCUGCAACGUAUGAUGGUAAAAUUGAUCCGAUCGCAUGCCAAAGAUGGAUUUCAAACAUAGAAGCGGUAUUUAUACGAAGUCGAUGUGAUAAGGAAGAUCAGGUGAUGUUCGCUACUGGCCAACUCACUCUUCAGGCGAAAGAUUGGUGGGAUGCGUAUAGCAAGGAAAUAGGGGAAGACAAACUCCAAAUAAUGACCUGGCAAGAAUUUAAGGAACCCUUUAUGAGAUACCAUUGCCCUCAGUCGGCUAAUGAUAAGAUUCAGGAAGAUUUCUUGCGCCUCCGACAGAAAAAUGAGUCAAUAAAUGAAAUAUCAAACAUCUUCCUGGAUAAGAUGAAGUUUUGUGGAGAUUUCGUGAAGACUGAAAGGAUGAAGAUCAAUCGUUUCUACGGGGUAUUAAAAGCGGAAUUUAGGGAAUUCAUCACUCCCUCGAAAUGUGAGACCCUUGAUGAACUUAUCAAUCUGGCACGAGAUAGAGAAAUUGAAAUCAAGAGACAGGAAGAACGCGGUGAAAAGAGAUCAAGUGAAAAGGGUGCAAGUUCGAGUCCAUCUAAAAAGGGAAAGUUUCAAGAUCAAUGGAGGAAGGAAAAUUCGAAAGGUGGAAUUACUCCUUGCAAGACUUGUGGAAAACUCCAUACUGGAGAGUGUCUAUUAGGCAAGAAGGGGUGCUACAAAUGUGGUAAGGAGGGACAUUCAUCUUAUCAAUGUCCGAAUAACCCGAAGACUUGCUUCAAUUGUUUCGAAAGGGGACACAUCAAAUCGGAAUGCCCAAAACUUCAGCAAGAGUCAAAGAAAGAAGAUAAGAAGCAAGAGGGUUCUAGGGCGAAAGGGAGGAUGUUUCAAAUCACAUCCGAAGAAGCCAAGUCGCAACCGAAUGUGGUCUCAGGUAUCUUUCUAUUAAACUCCAUACCGGUUUAUGUUUUGUUUGAUACCGGAGCCACUAUGUCGUUUAUUUCUAGUGAAAUCGUACAACAUCCUUCAUUUAAGAUUGAGCGUUUGUCGAUGCCUCUAGAAGUAGAAAUAGCCGAUAGUAAGAUCUAUAUGCUACAUGAGGUAUGUAGGAAUUGUAAAUUCAUAAUGGAAGAUGAGGAAUUCGAAAUUGACCUCAUACCUAUGGUUCUGGGGGAAUUUAAAAUGAUAGUGGGAAUGGAUUGGUUGGCACGAAACGGGGUAGAAAUUAAUUGUGAAAAUAAGAUAAUGUCUAUCCAAGCUCCAAUUGGGAGGCAACUGAGUAUUCAAGGGGAAAGAAACGUAGAAACCAAAUUGUGUACCCUUGUCCAAGCCUUUAAAUACAUACUUAAUGGAAAUAGAGCAUACCUGGCUUACGUGGUAGACGCUCAGCAAACCCUCCCGAAGCUAGAAGAUGUUGAGGUAGUGAAUGAAUUUCCGGACGUAUUUCCGGAGGAAUUACCAGGACUCCCUCCCGAACGGGAAAUAGAGUUUCGCAUUGAUUUGAAUCCGGGAGCGAAGCCGGUUGCGAAGGCUCCCUAUAGACUGGCUCCCACCGAGAUGCGGGAGCUAUUGACACAAUUACAAGAUUUGUUAGAUAAGGGCGUUAUACCAAUAAAAAGCGCUUAUACAACUAUGAAUAACAAAGAUUGA